AUGAGUGCGAAGUUUAUUGUUGGCAUAAUUUUUACACUUAUUUGUUAUAAUUUUUCAUUUUCAAUACCCAAGCAACGGGGUAAAGUAAUUGCGAAAAGCGAAGCAGUGUUAGAUCCUAGAGGUGAACUGAAACUAAAAUGGCGAGUUAAUUAUGGUGCUCGGAAGAUUCUAUUCCGUUUAGAGUUUUCUGAAAAAGCACCGUCUAUAAAUUGGUUUGCCAUAGGGUUUUCAGACAGAGGAGACUUAGAAAAUUCAGAUAUAUGCUUGGUGUGGACGGACUAUAUCGGUCGAAAUCAUUUUGAGGAUAUGCAUGCUGACGAUAAUGGAAAAUUAAUACUAGAUGUUCAUCAAGACUGUGAAGCUUUCCACGUCGAUAGUAAAAGUCAAAGUAUCGUUUUCGAGCGUUAUUUUGAUACCUGCGAUGACGAUGAUUACGUUAUUGAGGAUGGUACCGUCCACGUGGUCUGGGCUAGAGGCACAGACAAGUUAUUUUCAUCGAAAGGCCUGUGUAUAUCCUGCACAUCUACACACGACCACGGCUUCAUUCGCGUCCGUCUCCUCACACCGCCUUCCUUGCCGCAACCACACGCACGGGAGCUUCGUAUCACCAACAGCGAUCUGAAGGUUCCAGGAACCGAUACAACGUAUUGGUGCAAGGUCUUCAAGCUACCUGGUUUCGUUUCUGAAUCUAUACAUCACAUUAUAAAGUUUGAAUCUUCAAUAACUAAAGGUAACGAGGGUCUGGUACAUCAUAUGGAAGUGUUUUACUGCGAUGACGCUGCCAAUAAAGAAAUUCCAAUGUAUGAGGGUAAUUGUUUUUCGCCAAAGCGACCAGAAUCUACUAAAGUUUGUUCAAAGGUAAAAGCAGCUUGGGCAAUGGGUGCUACUCCGUUUAUUUAUCCCGAAGAAGCAGGUUUACCACUAGGAGGGCCAAUGGCUAACAAAUACGUAAUGCUCGAGGUUCAUUACAAUAAUCCUGAACUACGAAAUAAUUGGGUGGACAGUUCCGGAAUCGUUCUGUAUAUAACAGCUAAUAGACGUAAAUACGACGCUGCGAUUAUGGAACUGGGGUUGGAGUACACGGACAAAAUGGCGAUACCGGGUGGACAGGAAGCCUUCUCGCUGACGGGUUAUUGCAUACCACAGUGCACUGGAGUUGGUCUUCCCCCGGGCGGGAUCACCGUGUUCGGCAGCCAGCUGCACACGCACCUGGCGGGCGUGGCGGUGCGCACGCGGCACGCGCGCGGCCGCCGCGAGCUGCCGCCCCUCAAUGAAGACCGACACUACUCCACGCACUUCCAGGAGAUACGCAUCCUGCACCGACCCGUGCGCGUCCUGCCGGGCGACUACUUAGAAACAACCUGUGUCUACAACACGAAGGACAAACAAGAGGCUACGAUAGGCGGACACGCGAUAACCGAUGAAAUGUGCGUCAACUACUUGCACUACUACCCCGCUACCGAGCUCGAAGUCUGCAAGAGUGCCGUCUCAAAUAAAGCUCUCGAAGAUUAUUUUAAAUUUGAGAAAGAAUGGGACAACGUGCCCAUCUCGCGCUCGUCGGCCCCGCGCGGCAACUACCUCGCCAUCGCGCCGUGGACGCCGCUCCGCGCGCGCGCGCUGCACGCGCUCUAUAGCGAGGCGCCGAUAUCCAUGCAGUGCAACAAGUCCGACGGGAAUCGUUUCCAGGGAGAUUGGGAAGGUAUUCGCGUGCCUAAAAUCAAAGUGCCCUUGCCGGAGGAGCCUAGACAUUGCCCCAAGUUCUACGACGAAAAAUAAAUUUAAUGUUGUAAAAUUAUCACAUGAGAGUUUAAGUAUAUAUAUUUAUUAUUAAAUGUAGCAUAUAUAUAUAUAUUUAAUGUUAAUAUAUUUGUAUUAUAUAUCCAAUAAAUCCAUAAAAGUUACAUACUACAUAUAUUUAGUAAUGAUAAAAUAUGGGAAUACCUAGGCUGUAAAUAUAAACUUUAAAUUAAUAGUU